AUGGCUUCCGCCGAAUCUCCAGUUGCAAAUCACGUCGAUGAUGGCUUGACCGAAUCGAUCAACCAACUCAAUGUGGGCGACCGCGAAAAUGAGCAGCCAAAGACCGAGGAAGAGUACGCGCAGUCCCAAUUGACUCUCAGAGCCAUUGUUUCCACCAAAGAAGCUGGUGUCAUCAUUGGUAAGGCUGGAAAGAAUGUGGCCGAUCUACGAGAAGAGACUGGUGUCAAAGCUGGAGUUAGCAAGGUCGUGCAGGGUGUCCAUGAUCGUGUCUUGACCGUGACUGGACCCCUCUCCGGCAUUGCAAAGGCCUACGCUCUCGUGGCCAAAGGUCUUCUUGAGGGUGCGCCCCAGAUGGGCAUGGGAGGUGUUGUCCAGAACAAUGGCACUCACCCAAUCCGUCUCUUGAUCUCUCACAACCAGAUGGGCACCAUUAUUGGUCGGCAAGGAUUGAAGAUCAAGCACAUCCAAGACGCCUCCGGUGUACGCAUGGUCGCACAAAAGGAAAUGUUGCCUCAAUCCACUGAGCGUAUCGUCGAAGUCCAAGGUACACCUGAGGGCAUUGACAAGGCCGUCUGGGAAAUUGGAAAGUGCCUUGUCGAUGACUGGCAACGUGGCACUGGGACCGUGCUGUACAAUCCUGCUGUUCGAGUGCAAGUUGGUUCGGGACCUUUGCCUCCUGCCGUUGGUGGGGGCGGAUUGCCGGCCAACACCUUCGCUGGAGGUCGAACAUAUAAUCGGACUGGCAACGGCGCUGACUUCAGCGAAGCGCGCAGUUUCAACAACCGCAACACCGAUGCACCACGUAGUGGCGGUAUCCCCAUGGUCACCGAGGAUGGAGAAGAAGUCCAGACUCAGAACAUUAGCAUUCCUGCCGAUAUGGUCGGCUGCAUAAUCGGAAGAGGAGGCUCCAAGAUCAGCGAAAUCCGGAAGACCUCAGGAGCCAGAAUCUCGAUUGCGAAAGCACCGCAUGACGAGACUGGGGAGAGAAUGUUCACCAUCAUGGGAAGUGCCAGCGCCAACGAGAGAGCCCUGUACCUCUUGUACGAGAACUUGGAAGCCGAGAAGGGACGCAGACAACAAGUCUCCUCAGAAUAAGUCUGAGAGACGAUCCAU